AUGGGCAAUGAAGGCAUUUACGUUGUUGGGAAAAUUGAAAAUCACCCAAUAUCUAUGUUAGUAGAUACAGGGGCUAGUGUGACCAUAUUAAGCUCCAAAGUAUUUGAAAAUUUGGAUUUAAAGAAAGGGAUUAAUUUAACACCAUCCCUAGUGAAACUAACAUCUGCGAAUGGGGAGAGAAUUCUUGUUAGAGGGGAAUGUCCCAUGAAAAUAACUGUGGGAGAUAAAACUGUUACUCACAAUUUCUUAGUGGCAAAUAUCCUUAAUAAAUGUAUCUUGGGGAUAGAUUUCAUGCAGCAAAAUGCGUGUGAUAUAUUAGUGAAGAAAAUGAAAUUCAAAAUAAAGGGUGUGGAAGUUCCUUGCGUUAAUAGUGAAAAUUUGGAUAUCCCUUUCUGCAAAGUACUACUUGCCGAGGAUAUUGAAGUACCUUUAAAUAGCGAGUUUAUUGCACCUGGGAAAAUAGAAAAUCCAUUGUUCACUAGCAGGGGGGCCCGAGUGGAACCAACUGAAAAAUUUGUUGAAAAACACGAAUUAUUAAUCCCAAAGACCUUAGUUAAGGUGGAAGGGGAAGUAGUUCCAAUUCGUUACAUAAAUUGUAAUGACCAUAGUGUCAAAAUCCACAAAGGUACAGUUUUGGCCACUAUUGAAAAUGUUGAGGAUAUGUCUGAGAAUACGGAAACAGUUAAUACCCUUUGUAAUGAUAAUAACAAUUCUGAGUCUGAUUUGCCCAAACAUUUCGAAACUAUCAUCCAGAAACUCCCUGAGAACUGA